UGGCGCUGCGGUGCUGCUGGUGCGCUGCAGACCACAGCCUGUGCAGCAGACAGAUCCAAUGACACAGAGUUGAGGCAUGGAGAGUGAGUGGCUGAGCUGGCCGGGGAAUGUCUGAGUAGUAACCUGCGUUAUUCUCCAACACGUACAGCAUUAAAACCCCUUGGUGAAGAUGGGGCACUGCGGCAUCACGUCCUCGAAGACGGCCCUGGUCUUUCUGAACCUGAUCUUCUGGGCUGCUGCUGGUAUCCUGUGCUAUGUUGGAGCCUAUGUAUUCAUUACAUAUGAUGACUACGAUCACUUCUUUGAAGAUGUGUACACGCUCAUCCCAGCAGUCACCAUUAUUGCAGCUGGAGCCCUGCUUUUUAUCAUUGGGCUCAUCGGAUGCUGCGCAACAGUGAGAGAAAGCUACUGCGGACUCACAACGUUUGUCGUCAUCCUCCUGCUGGUGUUCAUGACGGAAGUAGCAGUGGUGGUUCUCGGAUAUAUUUACAGAGCAAGGGUUGAAGAUGAGGUUAAUUCUUCUAUCACAAAAGUUUAUGAUGAGUACAAUGGCACCAACAGCAAUGCCCAGAGUCGUGCCAUCGAUUACGUUCAGAGACAGCUUCAGUGUUGUGGGAUUCACACCUACACCGACUGGCAGGAUACACACUGGUAUGAAGAAUCCAAAAACAACAGUGUACCCAUCAGCUGUUGCAAAGCGAGUGUCGUAGGCUGCACGGGGUCCCUGGCUCAUCCUGAAGAUCUCUACCAAGAAGGUUGUGAAGCUCUGGUUGUGAAGAAGCUGAAGGAGAUUAUGAUGUAUGUCAUCUGGACUGCAUUGACAUUUGCUUGCACCCAGAUGCUGGGGAUGUUGUGUGCGUGUGUUGUGCUUUGCCACAGAGGUAGAGAUCCUGCAUACGAGCUUCUCAUCACAGGAGGCACCGUGGCAUAAAGGAGAACACAUCUGUCAGCAUAGCGCAAACAUAUAUGUGCCGUUGGUGAGAGCAUGAACCUAACAUAUUACCACGCUAACCUUUGAAACACUAACAACACUGAAGUGAUAUAGUUUACCUGUUUCUCCCUCCCAAAAAAGAAAGAAAGCUACUCACCAAAUUCUGUGACGGUCAAAUAAAUGAGAUAUAGAAAGUGUUCUGUAGCUCUGUAGAAAGUAUGAGGAUGAAAGACUUCAUUCUUACCAAACUCAAACUUUGCUAGUCAUGUAUAGAGUAAAUGGUGGACAGGGUAUUUCCUCAUAGUUAGUUUGCACUGUGUGUAUGGCUUUGCAUUAUUUCUAUUUAAAUGUGUCACAUACUUGAAUGAAAUACGGUAUAAUUUAACCAUGUACCUCCAGUACUACUUCAACAACUACUACUACUACUCUACUUAUACUACUCUACUUUAACUACUGUUACAGCCCAGAGUCACCAGCAGUAUUUACUCAAAAAGCACCCCAACCAAAGUCCCUUGCGCAGAAAGUUGUUUAAAAUAAGUAACUUAACUGGCUUUUGCUAAUCUGAUCUCUCUCCUGAGAAGCAAAUCUUUCAAUCCCCUUCAGUAUGUGGAAUUUUUCAAGUAGAAAAGCAUUCUUAACUCUAGAUCGACUUUGUCCUGAAGCUGUUUUUUUUUUCCUUUUGUCUCAAUAGACUACUGAUAAUAGUUUUAGAACUUGAUUUGCAGAUAUGUAGCAAUGGAUAGAAUGUGAAUAAAAUGUUGGAAAGUUUGAAAA